AUGCCUCGUAGCCGCUUGUCACAACUUGGGGAGGGAUUCAAGCGUUUGCAAAAUUUGAAGUCCAUGAAUUUUGAGAGCUGUGAAUUCCUAACACAAACCCCAAAUAUCUCUGGAAUUCCAAACUUACAGUCCUUGAAUCUAGACGACUGCACGAGUUUAGUUGUGGUUCAUCCCUCUGUUGGAUGUCAUGAUAAGCUUGUUGACUUGAGUCUUGUGAGAUGCCAUAACCUCACACUAUUUCCAAUAAUCAAGUCAAAAUCUCUAGAAGUUCUCAAUCUUGAAGAUUGCAGAAGACUGGAGACUUUCCCUGAAAUUGGGGGAAAGAUGGAUUCCUUACGUUGCAUGUUUCUAUCUGGUAGUGGCGUCAAAGAGUUGCCUGCGUCAAUUGCAUAUCUCAUCAGUCUUGUAUUUUUAGACCUAAGGAGUUGUGAAAAUCUUACGAAUCUGCCACCCAGCAUUUAUGAGUUGGAACAUCUAAAUGAAAUUGAUCUCCGAGGAAGUCGAAAGCUUGUUACAUUUCCAAAUAAAGUGGAGUCUGAAGAUUAUGUGUCUACAUUGUGCGUACUUGAUCUAACACUAUGUGAUUUCCUUGUAAAUAUUCCCGAAUGCAUUACGAAAUUUGUCAAUUUGCGGGAGCUUUUCUUGCAUGGCUGCAAAAGGCUUCGAGAUAUUCCGGAACUUCCACCAAAAAUUGUAAAGUUAGAGGCGAGUGAUUGCGUAUCAUUGGAAAGGUUUUCAUCAUUGUCCAACAUUCUGAAAGGUAAAAAAGACUCACAAAUGAUUGAGUUCGUGGACUUGUGUAAUUGCCAGAGACUCUGUGGCAAUCUGGCUCGUGACCUCACAAAGAAGCAAAACAUUUUAGCAAAGGAGCAGAUCACACUCUUCUUUGAUCACCUUCUGUCUUCACAGAAACUUGGAUUUCAGGUUGUAUUUCCAGCAAGUUUUGAAGCUCUCUCGAGGUUGUUCAGCUGUCAUAAGGAUGUGAAGGAGCGUGAUGAAGCAUGUGAAUUUUUGAUUGAAAUCCCUCCAAACUUCAAAUGCCAGAACCAAGGAUUGGCUCUAUACGCUGAUGUUGAAUACCUGCAAAAUAAAAGACUAGUUUACGAUCAUUUUCGAGCAAAAUUUCCGUCAAUCAACCAGGAAUGCUACCUCAUUUUAUUCAGUUCGAUGACAUUUUCAGAAAGAUAG